AUGCAGGUGGCCGAGGGAGUGCCGAGCUCUGACGACACUGAGAAGGCGUGGCAGGACAAGUCCAUGUCUUUGCAGACAGCUCUCGCAAAGAUCGAGGCUGGCGAAAUCGGAAGCUUAGACAGUCGUGGUUGCUUCGUCUGUUCUAUUUGCGGACAGCAAGGCUUGGGCUUACUCCAGAUCGUGGAGCAUGAGGAAGUUUGCCGAGAACGUCUGAGCCAGGAAGGCCACGUAUCACCGAGUGUACACUCCCGGACCUUGCCAGCUGAGGGCGAGGGUGUGCAGCAGCUCACUACAUGCGUGGCCGUCGCCAAAGAGCUGAACCUGCUGAAGACAGAGAUCGCACAGGAAGCUGCGGGUGAUGAGGAGUCGCGUGCACUGCUCACACUGACUGUGGACAGGCUCCGGGAUGUGGCACGAAAUGCAUGCUUCUUGGAGGAGAAGAAAUAUCGUCGGCUGCGGCUCUCAAACCCAGCGGUGUCGGAGGCAAUUGGAAAGUGGGGUGCAGCGAAGAGGAUCCUUCAAGCAUUGGGCUUCGAGCUCGUCAUGCACGCGUCAAAAUCAGGCCGCAGAUACAGGAGUUCUGGUUGUAGCUUGCCAAUCGAGCGGUGCGUGUAA